GAAGAAGGUAGGUCGUUUACGUAGUGUAAUGACGAAGGCUCCGGACUGGCUCACUGCGCGGGCACGCACAUCACGCGGCUUCAUUCCGUCUCUAGUCUUCUUUUUCAUGCAUGCCUACAAAGCAGGUUUUACUUUUUUUUUGUCAGGUCGAUAGUGCUUGCUUAGCGUCUCUCAAAAUCUUACAUAUCCAAGAUCCAAGGCUCUCGCUCGCUUGAUUGUAAUCGUUUUUUCUUCCUACACUUCCCCCCUUCUCGCUCGCUCCUCCACCAUUGCGCAUAGCCCUCCUGCUUUCAGACUAGUAUGCAUAGAGUGAGGAUUGUCUCUAGAAACUUGCCAUUGGAUUCGAUCCCUUGCUAUUGCUAGGUAGUCAAUCACCAUCUUCCUCCCUGAAUCACCCUGCGUUCCUCAACUCAAGGCAGCCACCAGAUUCAUGGCCAACUACGGCGGCUCUCCCCCCCUGAUCACCUAAGGUUGGAAUUAGAACUCUCCAGGUGCUCUUCCCUUCUACAGUUACCGACGACACAGGCCAACCAUAAUCCUCGCCAUUGGCCUUCAAGCUACCACCUCUUCUUGGCCUUGGUGCUUGCGUCCGUAGAGCAGUCGCCAAGUCAGGUACCGACGACGACCGCGUUCCACACGAACGGCGCCAGUCCGGCCGUCGCCCAACUCGCCAGCCUCAGUUAAAAAAACUUGCUAGCUGCCAUUCAUGGCGGGGGUCUUGGAUUCUUUGGCAUCCUACGUCCAGAACAUGCUUACAGAGAUGGCAAGGGAUGAGGUGCAUAUGCUGCUUGGGGUCUCUGGAGAGAUUGAAAAAAUGGACAUCAAGCUCAAGGACCUCAAGAACUUCCUCAUGGAUGCUGACAGGAGGAGCAUAACCGACCAGAGUGUGCAGGCAUGGGUUCUCGAGCUUAGAGGGGCCAUGUAUGAUGCCACCAACAUCCUUGACAUAUGUCAGCUCAAGGCCAUGGAGCGGGGUCUAAGCCAUGAUGCAGGAUGCUUCAACCCGCUGUUGUUCUGCAUGCGGAAUCCCAUCCACGCCCACAAGAUUGGCAGCCGAAUCAAGAACCUUAACCAGAGGUUAGAAGAUAUCAAGAAACGUAGCUUGGAGUUCAACUUCAUCAACCUCAAUUCAUAUGAGGACCGUAGCAGGAGGUUGGCAUCCUCCCGUCCUGGUAGCCGUGAGACAUCUAGUGAGUUUGAUGAGUCAAGUUUGGUCGGUGAGAAUAUUGAGGAGGACACAAAAAAUUUGGUGGAGAUUCUAACAACGGCAGAGCUAUCAAAAUGCGAGAACAACAACAUUUUGGUUUUUGCUAUUGUGGGAGUUGGCGGUAUUGGUAAAACCACCUUGGCCAAAAAGAUAUUCAAUCAUGACAUUGUCCGACAAGAAUUUACAAAGAAAAUAUGGUUGAGUGUGAACCGGGAUUUCAGUGAGACUGAGCUGCUGAGAAGGGCUAUCGUUGAAGCUGGGGGUGACCACCAAUCUGCUGGAAAUACGAGAGGCGCUCUUGAGCGAGCUCUUAAGGAAGCCUUGAAUGGGCAAAAGAUUUUAUUGGUGAUGGAUGAUGUUUGGGAGCAUCAAGCAUGGGAGGAUGUGCUCCAAACUCCCUUGGUCAGUGCUGCACUAGCUCAUGGCAGCCGUGUCCUCAUCACCACAAGACAUGACAUGGUCGCAAGAGGGAUGCUGGCAACAAAGCCCUACCACUAUGUCAAUAAACUUAAUCCUGAAGAUGCAUGGUUGUUGCUCAAGAAGAAGGUAGUUGGAAACGGAAAUGAUGAAGACCAGAUUGAACUGCUCAAGGAUAUUGGAAUGGAAAUUAUAACAAAAUGUGAUUAUUUACCACUUGCUGUGAAAGUAAUGGGAGGUCUCUUACGUCAAAAAACAGCAAGGAGACGGGAGUGGGAAAAUGUCCUAAAUGACUCGAUAUGGUCAGUAUCCCAAAUGCCUGAAGAGCUCAACUAUGCAAUAUAUCUUAGCUAUGAAGAUUUAAGUUCUAGUUUGAAGCCUUGCUUUCUUCACUACUCACUCCUUCCCAAGAGCAGAGGGUUCUUCUCUUAUGAGAUCAUUGGCAUGUGGAUUAGUGAAGGAUUUGUUCAUGGAACCACACGUGACUUGGAGGAAAUAGGAAAAGAGUACUACGAUGAGUUGAUACAGAGGAACCUUAUUGAGCCUAAUAUAAGAUAUGUUGAAAAACAUCUUUGCAGUAUGCAUGAUGUUGUCCGCUCAUUUGCUCAAUACAUGGCUAGAAAUGAAGCACUAGUAGCACAGAACAACAAAGCUGAUAUUGCUGACAAAAUCAAUUCACAAAUGUUUCUUCGCUUAUCGCUGGAAACAAGAGGAUCAGAAUCAGAUGAGUUAGAGUGGUAUUCAUUACAAGGACAGACAUCACUAAGAACACUAUUAUCAGUUGGGCCUAUAAAAAUCAAGCCUGGUGAUUCAUUCCUUGUUUUUUCGAAUUUACGGACAUUAUAUGUAGAAGAUGCAAAUUUUGAUGCAUUAGUUGAAUAUUUGAAUCAACUCAAACACUUGAGGUAUUUAUCCAUAAAUGGAACCAAUACAUCUAGGCUACCAGGAAGCAUUGGUAAUAUGAAAUUCCUGCAGUAUAUUAGCCUUCUUGGUUGUAAGAGUUUGGUGAAUCUUCCUAGUUCCAUUGUAAAGUUGCAACACCUGAGGUUUCUUAGCCUUCGAAACACAGGAAUAAGCAGCAUACCUAAGGGUUUUCAUGGUCUAACAAAUCUAAGGAUUUUAAAUGGGUUUCCAGCGCACAUGGAUGGUGAUUGGUGUAGCAUUGAAGAACUGGGACCUCUCUGCCAGCUAACUAAUCUUACUAUAAGUGGCCUAGAGAACGUGUCUUCAUCCUCAUUUGCAAAAAAGGCCAGGAUUGGUGACAAGGUGCGGUUGAGCCGUCUAUUCUUAGAAUGCACAAGUAGAAUUGAACAUGAUGGCCAAUUGGUAAAAGAUGAAGAAGGCAUUCCUGAGGAGCAGCAGCAACAAAUUGAGGAGGUAUUUAAUGAGCUCCAACCUCCGUCUGGCUUAGAAACCCUCGAAAUCAGCGGGUACUUUGGUCAGCGGCUCCCAAGGUGGAUGAUGUCGACAGCACUUGUGCCCCUUGGGAGCUUGAGGAUUCUUACAAUGGAUAACCUAGCCUGCUGCACAGAACUUCCUAAUUGCUUAUGUCAGCUCCCCUGCUUGGAAUUCCUACUGAUUGUGCAUGCUCCAGCGAUCAAGCGUGUUGGGCCUGAAUUCCUACAACCAAACCAUCACUGCCACAACCAUUCGCAGGUAGGGGUUUCAUUUCCCAGAUUGAGUGUGCUGGUUUUUGAUGGACUGGUCGAGUGGGAGGAAUGGGAGUGGGAGCUGCAAGUGAAAGCAAUGCCCAUCUUGGAGAAGCUAAUACUCGAGAAGUGCAAGUUGAGGUGCGUGCCUGCUGGCCUUGCCUUCCACGCAAGAGCUGUGAAGAAACUAGGCAUAUAUGAUGUCAAGCAUCUAUGUUCAUUGGAGAACUUUACUUCGGUUGUUCACCUCGAGGUGUUUAGAAACGCUGACCUGGAGAGGAUUAGUAAUCUACCAAAACUGCAGAAGCUCGUCAUCGUUAUGUGCCCAAAGAUGAAGGUAUUGGAAGGCGUGCCUGCACUACAAAAACUCAGUCUGGAGGAUUAUGACAUGGAAACAGUCCCAAGAUACCUGCAAGAUGUAACGCCAAGGCAAUUGCUGCUAGACUGCAGCUUACCUCUACUUACGUCCAUAGCUGCAGGGAAAACUAGCCGUGAGUGGGACAAGUUCAAACAUAUCCAGCAAGUCAAGGCAUAUGGAAAGGAUGAGGGUGUUAAGAGAAAAUGGUACGUUCUGUACACAGGACAUCCUUUCUGCUUCGAGACCAAUAUCAGCUGCUCCGCCAUUAUCCAAGCCCGCAGCAAGCGCAGGCGGCUUGCUUACAGGACCACAUGCACCAUUGAAGAUGAGUGGCCGGUAGGACGACGUGCGUCUACCGACAAACGUCAGCCCCUGUGCAUACGCUUCAGGUGCAAUGCUUAUCGCUAUUUAAUUCUCUGGUUGCGUCGAGAGUGCCCGCACUGCAAUGAGGCAGACCGCAUCGCCCCCUCAUCAGACCAAUGGACCGACGAAGCAGGGUAUGCAGCAUACACAGCAUACACCAAUGGGAGGCUGCAGAGACAAAAGCAAACAUCAUCGAGAAAUGUAGUUUGAAUAGAAUAUCUGCUGCCCCAGCAGGUUUUUUUUUUGAUACUUAUGCCCCAGCAGUUGAUGCACUUCCACGCCAGGAACAGAGAGGAUUGUACGACUCCAGCCUCUCGCCUUUCUCACCAACUGCCUGCACAAGAACAAACCAGGACUUGCUCUGUUUUUAUUCUGUCUGUGUUUUGCUCUGCUUUCUUUCAUUGGACCUGCCUGAAGGUGUAAUGUCCAUCUCUGCUGUUUAUUGGCUACAUCAGUGCCUAGAUCGAUUCGCUGUAUGCACAGAAAAACUAAAAGAAUUCCUUUUGUUUGCCUUCUACUGCUGUACGCGUGGCUUCCUUUUUCUUUGUAUUGUGUAUGCUGCACUGGAAAUAUUCA